AUGUUAACGUUUGAUAAGCUUCCUCUGGCAUUGGGAUCGGACCACAAUGAGGCUCUAGAGGACACUGUGGACAAUGUCCUUGCGAAUUCACACAGCGUGCUGACGACGACGCGACGUAUGAGUGAGGCGGGUCUCGACAGCGUUGGCCUUGUUUUCAAGCAUACGAACUUUGACUUCCGCCCGGCUGCGACUCAUGGCGUGGAGUUCGAGGGGGACUCUUUCCCCGGUGCCGUUGGGGCUCUCCGGGCGCAGCUGGAGGAGUGCCGUGCGGUGCUGCGGCGUGUGGAGAGCGAGCGGCGGUACCUGCGGGCGCGGGCGGCGGAGUUGCAGCGGGGCGUCGCAGCGGCGGAGGGGCAACGCGAGCGGCUGCGGGAGGCGGCGGCGACGGCGGCGCGGGAGGCGCGGGAGGCGCGGCGGGCGGCAGCGGCGGGGCGGCGGCGGCUGCGGGAGGCGGAGGCCGCGGCGAUGACAGCGACGGAGGAACAGAUGAGACUCCGCCGGUAUGUGCGGGCCGCCCCCUUCACCCCCGCGGACGCAAGAGCCAUCGUCCCCGACAGGCGCUUCGAGGAGGCCUUCCGGGAUAAGAUGGACGCCAUACGCUACAAGCGACGAUAUCAGCGCGCAAAGCUGCUGCAUCAACAGCGGGCAGAGGCUGCAGAGCGGGAACGUAUGGAGGCGGAGGACGAUGCAGAUGAUACCUCAAACGGACUAAACGCCUCGAGUACCGUUACACUAGCUGCAAUGCCAGCAACACCUAACACCAACCUCAGUAGCAGUUUUAAUGGACUUUCUCUCUCUCAGUUGGGAUCCACAAGUAUUUCGACAAGGGAAUUACUCGGUGGUUCCUUUCAGCUUCCUUUUGUACACACUACCCCGAGGGAUAGUUAUGUUCUUGCAUUAAUUCAGAAGGCAUCAAGUAGUGAGGCACUAACACGUCUACGUGAUGGAAUUAUUCGUAUUUGUUCUCGUCUUAAACAAGGACAAGAUCAUGGGAUGCGCAGUUUGUAUACUCUGAUGCUUGAAUGUAUGCGUGUGGGAGACCGGUUAUCAGGUGCUUUUUUCACAGAUCCUAAAAAAUCUUUUGAGAUAGUUGUUGAAAAGACACAACGUACACAUCGUGAUUUACUCUAUGAUUUACUUGAACUCGUUAACUCUGCCGUUAUAGAUGUUGCAGAGAUGGAGUCUUCCUCUACUAAAAAAAAAGUUACCAAGCAUAACGCCGGAUGCAGUGUAUAUUUUCCAGGUGUACCAGAUCUUCGUCUCGCUGACAUUGAGGAGAGACUUGAGACACAACGACAAAAACAAAACAUGGAAGCAUCAAUAUGUAAAAACACAUCAACAACAACAGCAGGGAAACCUAAUUUUCCAGAAGAGUUACACUGUAUGAGACCAGAAUGUACAUCAUUACGUCAAAAAACCUUGUUUACACUGGAACAAUUGUUAUGUCUUCACAAGGCCUUUUACAAGACUGUAGAUUUUGUGCAUUCGUACUAUGCCCCCACGGAUAUGGGAAUAGAAGACACAUUCAAAGGCUUAAAUAUCUUCGCAACUGAGGCAACUCUCGAAAAUCCACGUUUUGAGACAAAGGUUGCGGAAGCUGUUGAAGCAGAUAUACAGCAGGCGGAUAAAAUUACAGAGUGUAUAGUGACUGCGGCGAAAACUCCGUCUUCUGGGGCAUCAAAACAUAAGACUUCCAUGUCCAGUUCUUACCCUGGACCACGAUCCGAGCAGCAGCAACAACAACAACAACAACAACAACAUCUGCAUAAGCUGAAAGAAGAGCCUCGUCAAAUGUUUCAAACACCCAAAGGAAAAGUUAAUUUGCGUGGAAAAAGUCGAGGUCACACAUCUAAAUUGGCCAAAACACCACCAAUUCCAUCGAAAGAAGCACCUUAUUUUGCACGACGCUUUAUCUAUGCAAAGACAGAGGAUAUAAAUGAUACGACAUUGGUUGAUACUAAACAAAGUCAGGUAAAUAGUCCACACCAGUCAAUUACACAACUGAAUGUAACUGAACCAGAGCGUCCCAGUACUUCCAUUGUCCCGCAUGCAAAUACUGCGCCGCCUCGAUCAUCCGAGUCGCAGCCUGCUCGCUCUUCGAUACCCCGAGAGAUGAAUUCACCUUUGGUAAAACCAAAAACUCUUACCAAGGUUAAUCUACCACAGUUCAUGGGGAAAACACCUGAGAGGUAG